AUGAAGAUAAAAAAACAUGACUUUGUUUUGAUCGAUGAUGACUUAAAAUGCAGGUUGCAUAAAGUUGCGGAUAUGAAAAUAAAAAUAAAAAAAAAUUAUAUAAAUUUAAUGUUUUUAGUAAAUAAAAAAUAUGGAUCAACAUUUUCUUUUAUAAAUAAUAAAUGGGUAAGAAUAAAAAAACAAAAACAUAAAUUGGAUAUAGAUUAUGAUGAAGAUAUUACAGGAACAAAUAAAGAUAUAUAUCAUAAUAAUAAUUCCCAGAAAUUAACAGAAGAAAAUAUUGCAGAGAUAAAAGAAAUGAACUAUGAAAACCCAUAUGAAAUUGUCCAAAAGCUUGUAGAUAAUUCAGCUACAUAUAAUGAAAAAACUGUAAUAUCCCAAUUUAAAUAUAUACAAAAAAAAUUAAAAAGACAUUUAUGUCAAUUUACAGUAUAUGAAUGUAAUAUAUUUAAUUUAGCCAAUUUUUAUUAUAAAUAUUUCCCUGAGAAGAUUUCAUAUAUUCGUGUUGACUACUUGGCAAACCUUCUUUUUCACCUAAAUCGGACUGUGCUCAUAAAGGAUGGGAACAAUCAGAUGCUCGCUCAUAAUGACGAUAGUAAAAAUUGUAAAGAUGAUACAAACCCAGAUUUAUGUAACAACACUGGAAUAGCUAAUAUAGAAACAAAAGGAGAAAGUGAAAAUGAAAAGGUUGUUGAUAAUAGCCCAUUUGAUAAACAUAAUAUAAUAAUUUAUGAUGAUUCACAUGGAUUAUUAACUAGUGUUAUAAAUAUUGUUUAUGAUUAUAAUGUAAAUAUAUUAUCACUAGUAUAUAAAAAUACAUGUGGAUCCAUUAUACCCAGUUUUGGAAUAAAAAAAAAUACAAGUAUUGCAAAAGUGAAAAUAUUAGAUCCUCCAAAUGACAUAAGAACAAAUAAACAUAUUUAUUUUGAUGAAAAUUUAAAUAUAGUUUUUCCAAAUGUAGUAGAGAAUAAUGAGCUCAUAAAUCAGGCAGACAAAAAUGGUGUAAUAAACACAUUUGAUAAUGUAGAAACAAAUUUGAAUGAAUCUAAAAGAAAGGAACAGGAAGUUAUAGCAACAUUAGGGAAUGGGCUGAAGAAGGAUGAAAUAGGUGAUGAUGUAAAAAGUAAUAUAACGGAAAACUCACAAAAAAGAAAAGUAGAACAAAUAUAUAACAAUGAUACUAAUAUAAAUGAAAAUGUGAAAAAGGUACAUUAUACUAAUGAGCAUAUAAAAAAAAAAAUAAAUGAAAAUGAAAUGAAAGAAAAAAAUAAUUUAUUUAUAGAAAUAAAUAAAAUGAAAAAAAAUAUAAUAAACGAUAUAAAUAUGAGAAAAGCUGAAUCUUUUGUUAUAAUUAUAUCAAGUGAAUUUAUUUAUAAUACAAAUACAGAUAUAAAUUUGUUAGCAAAAACAUUAAUAUCAAUUUCUUUAAAAUAUUUAAAUAAUGAUAAUAAAAUAAUUAUACAUACUGACGAUUUUAAUAUAUCAAACUUAUUUAUGCAAUUAUUAAUAAAUUCUAAAUCAUAUAUAAAUAUAAAAUUAAAUGAAUUUAUUUUAAGAGAACAUCAAGUUAUUAAAAGGAGAACUCACCCAGCUAUAAAAAAUGCCAAAUUGGGUGAUGGCUUUUUGCUAACUGCUUUGAAGGUGGAAAGUUGGUAA